GAUUGCAAAAAUGCUUUUUGUAAUUCAACUUAUUCUAAUUUUCGUGGCGUAAGGACGUUAAGCUUGUGGCGAAGGCGAAGCAUCACGAAAGUGUUGCGUUCGCCUACACUCAAAUCCUCGAUUGCCUAUGCGAUGAUUUCUUCAAGCUGCCAUCAACCGGAAUCGAGCAGGACAACAUUGAUCAGAUAAUCGGAAAUUUCUCGCAGUACCCAGCAGGAUUUGAACUUCAUCGUGGUCUGGAGAGAAGACAGCAAAUGCUCAAGAACCAGGUUCAAAUGGAAGAAAAAUUAUUGAAUCGUUGUACGGAGGAAAGCCAUUGAAAAGAGUUGAGGAACACCGACCAGAAGUCAGUCACGCCAUGGGUCAGCCACUUUGUCACUUCAUUCUACAGUAACCUCGCGUGCUUUGCUGUUCUGUAUUCCCUUUCGCUUGUCCCUUGUUUUCUUUUGAACCCUUUCCA